AAGGGGGAAAAGGAUUCUGGGGUUUUGGAUGCUCCGCCAUGGCGCCGGGAGAUCGAUCGCGGCGCAGGGGUGGAUUCGCAGUCGGCGAGGUAUGUGCAUUUGCGCCGCCAGGGGCAGCGACAGCCGCGAGCUCGUGGAAUGCGUCGUCGAUCCAUCCGAGACGAUGCAUCCCGAGAGGCUGCUGCUGCUGCGGACGCGGCCAUUCCUCUACAAGAUCAUCAACGUUCUCAACAAGCCAGAGCUCGUCCCCAGCCUCAAGGAAUCGCUUAAGGUGUGGGAGGGAUUCGUGGAUCCGUUGCUAGUCGGGGAGGCGCUCAAGCACGUCGAUAGAGGCCACGCCGCGCUCGCGUUCUUCAACUGGGCAGCGACGCAGCCGGGAUUCAAGCACAGCACCUACACUUACAAUUGCCUCAUCCGGUGCCUGGAGCUCGCGGAUUGCCAGGUGAUCGUCUACGACAUCUUCCAGAGGAUGCUCUACAUCGAUCUGGCUCCCACGUCGUUCACUUUUGACGUGACGCUGCGAUCGCUGGGAAGAACCGGCGAGCUGGACAAGCUCAAGGUGGUGUGGUCGGAGAUGAAGAAGCUCAAGCUCUCGCCGCAUCCCAGCACGUAUGAGUCGAUCCUCCACUGCUACUGCAAGAACGGGGAGGUCGAGGAGGCCUAUAAGAUCUUCUCAAGGCUGAUCCAGUGGCCGGAGCCGAUAUGCUUCCCACACCUCUUCUACAACAAGUUUAUCGGGCUCCUCACGCAGACCCACAACGUCGGGACCGCCUAUCUCGUGUUCCUGGAGAUGAUCGAGAGUGGCUACGAGGGCAACGUCGACACGAUUGGAAAGCUCGUCAUCGCCCUUCACAAGGCUGGGAGGCACUUGAGCGCAUGCAAAGUCUUCGACGAGCGCGCGCGGAUGUUCCAGACGGCUCUCACGGGAAGGCUGGGCGUGCCAGGGGACUCCAUCGCGGAUCACUAUCUCUAUCACGCGGAGAAGACAAAGAGGCUGUGGCGAGCGGCGGUGCUUAGCACCGAUCCCAGGAAGAAGAGAAGAUAUGGUGGCCCAACUUGCCUUAAGAGGCAUGGAUAUUGAGAGUUCUUGGGGCACAAAAAAGAGUUCGUGGAGAUUAUCAAAGAUCUCGCUGUGGAGAAGAGCUCCUUCACUCUUCGAGGUCCAGCUCCAAGCUUCCACAGCUCCAAGGGGUGCUUGGCGAUACAGAGACCUGAGUUUCUCGGACGUGGUUCAAAGGGGAGUUCCAGCCAGUUUCAAGCUUCUGCAGCUCCAGGGGAUAAAAAGAGCAAGAGCUUAUGGAGCUGAUCGAACAGCUCCAUCCGGGAACAGGGGUGCUUGGCAUAGAAAGAGCUGUGGAGUUGAUCGAACAGCUCCAUCCAGGGACGUGGUUCUCGUCAUCAAAACGGAGGAAGUCCAUCGAGCUUGAAACUUCUACAAGCUCCCACCGGUGCUUGGCGAUAGAAAGAGCUAUGGAGAGCUCUCAAAAAGGAGGAGUUCCAGCUUCAAGCAUCACAGCUCCAGAGCAAGACUUAGACGAUGUCUUCUGGCCGAGGAGGCUGCCAUGGAUCUUGUUUGCCGGUGUCCAGUGCUAUUCCGAACAAGUUGGCCGGGCAACAAAAGAUGAGCUCCAGCUUCUUGCUGCCGCAUCCUUCGAGCUGGCCAAGCUUCAUCUCUCUGGGAAGGCUGGCCAGCGGCAGCGGCGUUUACUCGCCACGCUCGCGGUUGAAGUAGUGCAGCGGCCACGACUUGCGCGCGAUCUUGCUCCUCUCGCGAAACGCCGCCAUGAGCUCCUCCACGCUGGGCGCCUCCCGGAAAUCGAUCGAGUGCCGAGUCUGGGAAACCGCCAUUGCUUUCGGCGGCUUGCCGAGCAGCUUGUGUCCCUCUUCAAGCUCGCUCUCAAUCGCCUCGAGUUUUUUUGGAUCCAUCCCCACCUGCGAGGUAGCGGUGCUCGGCGUCCACUUGCUCGCACGCUUCCCAGUACGGGACAUCCGGAUGGUGGGAGUAGAAACCGUAGCGGAUGGCAUACAAGAUCAUGGGCGCCGGGUGCCCGUAGAUCUUGCGCAAUCGAUCGCGGAAUUCGCGAGCCGGCAUUGGAGCCGUCACGAAGAUCUUGGUGCCGCGGCGCUCCACCUCUGCGAAGUACUUUUCACAUUGCCAAAA